UCUGCGUUCAUCCUGGUUUGGUGGCACUUUUUCACGCCUCAACAAACGACUCCACGCCGACAUGUCUCUCGGAAAAGCUGCCCGGAAUUUGGUGACACCGGCCCGGGGCGUCCUGCGCUCCUCCGCCGCGGCUCUGAACCGGAGCUACGCCGCCGUGGCCGAGGCCCGAGCGGUGCUGGAGAACGAGCUGGACACGAUCCGAGCCGCGGGGACGUGGAAAGGAGAGAGGAUCAUCACCUCCAAGCAGGGACCUCAGAUCAGCGUGGAUGGCAGCCGUGGCACCAUUUUGAAUUUCUGUGCCAACAAUUACCUGGGGCUGUCCAGUCAUCCGGAGGUGGUGCAGGCUGGAAUUGACGCUCUGAAGUUAUACGGUGCUGGACUGAGCUCCGUCAGAUUCAUCUGUGGGACACAGGAUCUCCACAAAAACCUCGAGCAGAAGCUGGCACAGUUUCACGAGAGGGAGGACUGCAUCCUGUAUGCCAGCUGUUUCGAUGCCAACGCCGGACUUUUUGAGGUGCUGUUGGGCCCAGAUGAUGCUGUGCUGUCUGAUGAACUAAACCACGCUUCAAUCAUCGAUGGGAUCCGUCUGUGUCGAGCAAAGAGGCUGCGCUACAAACACAUGGACCUCAACGAUCUGGAGAUAAAACUCAAAGAGGCUCAGUCAUCUCGUAUGCGGCUGGUGGUGACCGAUGGAGUUUUCUCUAUGGAUGGAGACGUGGCUCCUUUACAAGGAAUCUGUGAUCUGGCUGAACAGUACGGAGCCAUGGUGUUUAUCGAUGAAUGUCACGCAACUGGAUUCCUGGGCUCCCGGGGCAGAGGAACAGAUGAGCUCCUUGGAGUGAUGGACAGAGUUCAUAUUGUAAACUCCACUCUGGGAAAGGCGCUGGGUGGAGCAGCAGGUGGCUACACAGUGGGUCCUAAGCCUCUCAUUGACCUGCUGAGGCAGCGCUCGCGGCCCUACCUGUUCUCCAACUCGCUCCCCCCUCCCGUGGUCGGCUGUGCCACCAAGGCUGUGGAGCUGCUGCUAGCGUCCAAUGAGAUCGCACAGAGCAUGACGGCCAAAACCAUGAGAUUCAGGAACAACAUGACGAAGGCCGGCUUCACCAUCGCAGGCUCCGCUCACCCCAUCUGUCCUGUGAUGCUCGGCGACGCACGGCUGGCCUCUGUGAUGGCCGACGAUAUGCUGAAGUUCGGAGUGUAUGUGAUUGGAUUCUCCUACCCGGUCGUACCAAAGGGCAAAGCCAGAAUCCGCGUACAGAUCUCGGCAGCGCACACGGACGAAGACAUCGACCGCUGUGUCGACGCUUUCAUCCAAACAGGCAGAAAGCACGGAGUCGUCUCCUGAAUCCAGCAAAUGAACAAAAAUCAGAAAAGGAAUCGGCAAACUGCUUGCCACUGCAGAUUGCGCUGCUUGUUCCUCAAGACCUAUGAAUGGUAUUGAUGGAAGUGUUGGUUACAUUUGUAGGUCAAUGGAGCUAAAUGUUAUGUUUGUGUUUGCUCAGCUGAAUAAAGCACUUUUGCUAAAGUCUA